CUUCAGAGAACCUAGAGACAAAGGUUCAAGACCACCCAUCUCAAGCAGCCCAGCAGCAUCUACAAGAUCCCCAAUGGCCUUGCCCUUGGCUUUCCUGCUGGCCCUGAUGGUGUUCAACUGCAAGUCCACCUGCUCUCUGGGCUGUGACCUGCCUCAGAUACACAACCUGGGUCUUGAAACUUCUGACAGAAAUGAGGUGGGAGCCCUGACACUCCUGGAAAAAAUGAGGAAAAUUCGCACUUUCUCCUGCCUGAACUACAGAAAGGACUUUGCCUUCCCCCAGAAGCAGUUGAAGGGUGAGCAGGUGCAGAAGGCUCAAACUGUUACUAUCCUCCAUGAGAUGACCCAGCAGGUCUUCAACCUCUUCAGCACCCAGGAGGCCUUUGCUGCUUGGGACAAGACCCUCCUGGACACCUUCCUCACUGGCCUCCAUCAGCAUCUGGAUGACCUGAAAGACUGUGGGACCCAGCAGGUGGGGGUGGAAGAGGCUCCCCUGAGGGCUGUGAGGAAAUACUUCCACAGGAUCACUGUCUACCUGAAGGAGAAGAAAUACCUGCCUUGUGCCUGGGAGGUGGUCAGAGCAGAAAUCAUGAAAUCCUUCUCUUCAUCAGCCAACUUGUAUGGAAGACUAAGGAGCAUGGAAUGAGACCUGGUCCAGCAGGGAAAUGCUUCUCACUGAUGAACACACCUUACCACACUCCCACAAGUUCUGCCAUUUCAAAGACUCAUUCCUGCUGGAAUUUUGAAAUGAAUUCAACCAAUUUUUCAGAUGAUUUCAAGAAUAUUAGACAACAUCCCAUUUACCCAGGACCAU